GCCCCCGGCAGGAGGCUGCACGCGGUGUAUCCGGCACGACGUGUUUGGCUGCGGUGGCCGCUGUUGGCAUGGAGACCCCCAGCUGUCCGCUGGCGGGGUGGACAUGGGAGCAUGGGAGGCAUGGGAGCCCCGUUCCUCUUGUUUUUUUUCGGGGGAUGUAAGGCGGUGGGCCCGAAGCAGGCCGUGCAGGCGGCGGCGCAGGAGCUGGUGAGGUUCAUCAACCGCGGCCCCUCGCCCUACCAUGUGGUGGCCGAGUGCCGCAGCCGCCUGCUGCAGGCCGGCUUCCAGGAGCUGAAGGAGACGGAGCACUGGGACAUCCGCCCCUCCUGCAAGUACUUUGUCACCAGGAACUUCUCCACGCUCAUCGCUUUCGCCGUCGGGGGCCGCUUCCAGCCGGGGAAUGGGUUCAGCCUGCUCGGGGCACACACCGACAGCCCCUGCCUCAGGGUGAAACGACGCUCGAAGCGGGGGCAGGUGGGCACCUUGCAGGUCGGUGUGGAGACCUAUGGAGGCGGCAUCUGGAAUACCUGGUUUGACCGUGACCUCACCGUGGCAGGAAGGGUGAUCAUAAAGGAGCCGAACACGGGGCGCCUGGAGCAGCGACUGGUGUGCGUGGAACGGCCCAUUCUCCGCAUCCCCCAUCUGGCCAUCCAUCUGCAGCGCAGCAUCAAUGAGAACUUUGGACCCAACACUGAACAUCACCUGGUUCCCAUUCUGGCUACUGCUGUGCAGGAGGAGCUGGAAAAAGAGCCAGCCACAGAGCACACAGCUGGUGUUGCUACAGCCCAGACAGAGCGGCACAGCCCUGUCCUGCUUUCCCUGCUCUGCUCACAGCUGGGAGUGAAACCAGAGCAGAUUGUGGAGCUGGAACUAUGCCUGGCAGAUACGCAGCCAGCGACUCUUGGCGGUGCCUUUGAUGAGUUCAUCUUCUCCCCACGCCUGGACAACUUGCACAGCUGCUACUGUGCUCUGCAGGCGCUGAUAGACUCAUGCACAGUUCCUUCCCUCUCCCAGGAGCCUAAUGUGCGCCUCAUUGCACUCUAUGACAACGAGGAGGUAGGGUCAGAGAGUGCGCAGGGUGCCGAGUCCCUUCUGACAGAGCUGGUGCUGCGUCGAAUCUCAGCAUCACCGCAAAACCUGACAGCCUUUGAGGAGGCGGUGGCCAAGUCCUACAUGAUCAGUGCUGACAUGGCCCAUGCAGUGCACCCUAACUAUGUGGACAAGCAUGAAGAGAAUCAUCGACCAGCCUUCCACAAGGGCCCUGUCAUCAAAGUGAACAGCAAUCAGCGCUACGCCUCCACAGCUGUCACUGAGGCAGUCAUCCGGGACAUCGCGGCCCGAGUGGGAGUUCCUCUGCAGGAGUUCAUGGUACGCAAUGACACCCCAUGUGGCACCACCAUCGGCCCCAUUCUGGCCUCCCGCCUGGGGCUGCGCGUGCUGGACAUCGGCUGCCCGCAGCUGGCCAUGCACUCCAUCCGAGAGAUGUGCUGCACCUCGGGGGUGCUGCAGAGCAUCACUCUUUUCAAGGGCUUCUUUGAGCUCCUGCCGGUGGUCAGCAGCAGCCUGAUGGUCGACUGAGUGCGGUGGGAGAACAAUUGUGGGAUUCAUCCCUGAUUAAAGCAUCUUUGUCUCA